AAUCCUUCACAAAAAAGCAACGCUUUUUACGUACCACCCAGAUACAGAUUCUCCACUACAAUCUCUUCUCCCUCUCUCUUUUAGAUCUGCUCCAGCUUGUGUUUUAUGCUUUUUAGCUUUGCAAAGUCCCUACGACCCACACUCCCUGAUUAAUAUAUUUCAUCGCUUUCUGUCACUAUAUAUAUAUAUACAAAAGUGUUAGCGUGUAUAUAUAUAUACAUACAUAGCUGCAUUCUGGGUUCGCCGCUAUCUCUGUGGUCACUUGUUGCCUUGUCCAAAAAGGUGUGUACUAGAACAAUAAUACAGUCAGCACUUCAAGUUGUGUUUCUAAAAAGUUCAUAAGGAUACCAAGUUUAAUAGUUGGAGACUUGUACUUGGGUAUUUCCCAAGCAGACAAACGAAGUACUAACGCAGAAAGAUCCUUUGUAGUGGUAAAGCUCCGUUCCUUUCCCUCCACCUUAGCAACCAUAAAUGAUGUGGGGAGAAACUGAGAUUAAAUCCGAAGGAGAACUUAAAGUAAGUUUCGGCUAUCAAUGCAACGACAACAGAGGGAGCUCUUUUCAGGUUUCUAAUGGAUAUAAAAUCCUCCCUGAAAUCCGAAAGACCAGCAGCUUCUCCUGCUUGUCUGGUGCUGCCUUGAGUGCCAAUGCCACACUGGCAAACACAAAUAUUUGCAACGGUUUGAUAGGAGCAGAAAUUCUUCCUAGUUUGGAUUCCCCUAAUUCAUUUCGUAAGGUUCCUUCUUCACCAAACCUUUCAAGGUUGGAUAUAUUAUCAUCUUCUCUUCAGAGUAGCAUUUCUAACUUAAGUUGCAGCCCAUCCCCUCCAAGUGAUCACGAUUCUUAUUUGUUGAAACCUAAGAGCGCUCCUUCAAGAAGUGAAGGUUUUCUUAAUGCUAUGGAUGUACAAGUGGCAGGUGGGGCUGCUGGUGAAGAUAGGGUUCAAGCUGUUUGUUCUGAAGAAAAUGGGUGGCUCUUUUGUGGAAUCUAUGAUGGCUUUAAUGGGAGAGAUGCAGCUGAUUUUCUGGCUUGUACGCUAUAUGAGACCAUCCUAUAUUACUUUAAUUUAUUAGGAUAUGAAUCAAAGCUGGAUUUCUCAAGAGCUUCUGACAUUCUGUAUUUGGAUCCGUCCUUCCAACAUACUCUAGAUGAUAGUAAUAUUAUCCAUGAGGAAAAGCUUCCAUCAAGAAUUUGUAGUAACAUGGAUUCAAGUCUUGACCAUAUCAACAAGAAUGGAUCAUCUGAUAGAAUAGAAUUCUCAUCCAACUCAUUUCAGCAUGGGGUACUUGAUAGCUUUGUACGUGCCCUUAAUCAGGCUGAGAAUGAUUUUUUGAAUAUGGUUGAGCAGGAAAUGGAGGACCGUCCUGAUUUGGUUUCAGUAGGAUCUUGUGUUUUAGUUGUGCUUCUUCAUGGGAACGAUUUGUAUACACUCAAUUUGGGUGACAGCAGAGCUGUCUUGGCAACAUAUGGUGAAGGUGCUGACACGACUGGGAAUGAGAGACUGAAAGCUAUCCAGCUCACUGAUAGUCAUACUGUUGACAAUGAGGUUGAAAAAACUCAACUUCUAUGUGAUCAUCCUGAUGACCCAAUGACCAUUGUAGCUGGAAAAGUGAAAGGAAAAUUGAAGGUCACUCGUGCUUUUGGAGUUGGUUACUUAAAAAAGAAAAAACUGAAUGAUGCACUGAUGGGUAUUCUUCGAGUUCGAAACCUUAUAAGCCCUCCAUAUGUAUCUACUCAACCAUCACUGAAUGUGCGUCAAAUUUCAAAAUCUGAUCACUUUGUUAUAGUUGGCAGUGAUGGUUUGUUUGACUUCUUCAGCAAUGACGAGGCAGUAAAGCUUGUCCAUUCUUAUAUCUUGAGCAACUCUUCUGGUGAUCCAGCGAAGUUUCUAUUGGAGCAGCUUGUAGAUAGAGCAGCUAACUGUGCAGGUUUCAGUAGGGAAGAAUUAAUGAAUAUUCCAGCUGGUAGGAGGAGGAAAUAUCAUGAUGAUGUAACUGUAAUUGUGAUCAUCCUUGGAACAAACCAUCGCACCUCAAAGGCAUCAACUUGCAUAUGAGUUUUUAAGAAGGUCAUCUUCCAUCUUGCAAUAAUAUGUCUGGUGGUUUCUACCUUAAAGAUGUAAUUCUCAAAUUGUAUAUAUUUGAUGCCAGAAACACUUUUGUUCUUA